UGGGGCAGGCUUGACCCCAGUUCUGCACCAGUCUCCAUCCACACCCUACUCAUCAUAGGAGAGCCCUCAUGGAAUACAACCUGUCACUGGACAAACAUGCCCCUGUCACCUGGAAUCCCUGAGGGAACCUGUCACCCUUGUUCCUGGUGUUCUGGACUCCUUAUGGAUUUCUGACCCUCUUCUUGGGAUCCAUACACCAACUUUCCCCACCCCGUCUUUGAGACAAGAUUUCACUAUGUCAGCAAAGAUCGCCUGGGAGCAGUGAAACUGGAUGAAGUGGGGGAAAGAGGCAAACAUAAAAGCGCUGUCUUUCUAUACUUCUGCCCAGAACCCUGUCCUCCCUGCUCAGCCUGCCUCAGCCUGCCCUGCCCAGGAUUCUUCAUACCCCGCCACCACAGACCCUAUGUGGAGCUGGGCUCCAUGCGAUCACACACUUAUCAUCCCUGAUAUGGUAAACGUAGUCAGUUUCAGACACGAUACUGGGUCCAUGACGUGGAGAGGAAGUGCUAGAAAGAAAACUUGAAAGAAACCGAUAAAGCAGGGUGUUUUGUUAGGAAACAGGGAGAAAGAAACGGGUAAGUGAAGUGGGGAAGAGAGAGGGUAAAAAUAAGGGUAAAGUCAGGGCGGUGCUUAUGAGGACAGAAAUAGGGAGCUGGGGGAACAGGGAGGGAAAGAGGGGAGAAGAAGCUGAGCCCUGGACAGGGAACCCAAGCAAGGUCAUCAUGAAGCAAGCAGAGUUUGGAGGGCACAGCCAAGGGGAUUCCAAGGAAAGCCAGUCCCCCUGUCGUCAGGCAUUUUCACAUAGACUUGGGGACCAACAGUUAGGCUCCGUGUGUGGUGGAGACACAAUCAGGGAGCCAGACACUGACUUGACUGCGAGUUGCGGUAUUCCAGUUUGGCUACGGAAGUGCAGUCCGGGUGAUCCAGGAACCGGAAGUCAGAUACUGACUUGGUAAGAGUAGGAUCCGUGGCCUCUUUAAGAAGGGGCGGGAAACUUUUGGCAUCAGCUGGAGGAAGUGAGGUCACGCGGGCGCCGGAAGCCGGAAGCUGCUGCCUGAGCAGAGCGUGGGGUGAUGUCCGCCAGCGGGGCUGUGCAGCCCGGGCCCCCGGGGCCGGGGGCUGCAGUUGGGCCCUCGCCCUCCGCGGCCGGAUCGCCAGCCACGGGGCUCUUGUUCCGGCCCCUCAGCGCCGAGGACGAGGAGCAGCAGCCCACCGAGAUCGAGUCGCUGUGCAUGAACUGUUACCGUAACGGCACGACGCGCCUUCUGCUCACCAAGAUCCCCUUCUUUAGAGAAAUAAUCGUGAGCUCCUUUUUCUGCGAGCACUGCGGUUGGAACAACACGGAGAUCCAGUCUGCAGGCAGGAUCCAGGACCAGGGAGUGCGCUACACUUUGACCGUUAGGGGCCAAGAGGACAUGAACAGAGAAGUAGUGAAGACAGACUCUGCCACCACAAGGAUCCCGGAGCUGGAUUUCGAAAUUCCAGCCUUCAGCCAGAAGGGAGCUCUGACCACCGUUGAAGGAUUGAUCAGCCGUGCCAUCUCUGGCCUGGAACAGGACCAGCCCACACGACGGGCGAUGGAACACGCCAUAGCUGAAAGAAUCGAUGAGUUCAUCGGCAAACUGAAGGACCUAAAGAAGGUGGCUUCCCCAUUCACUCUGAUCAUUGAUGAUCCCUCGGGAAACAGCUUUGUAGAAAACCCACAUGCUCCCCAGAAAGACGAUGCCUUGGUGAUCACACACUACAACCGAACCCCACAGCAAGCCGAGAUGCUGGGGCUCCAGGCAGAAGCACCAGAAGAGAAGUCAGAAGAGGAAGAUCUCAGAAAUGAAGUGCUCCAGUUCAACACCAACUGCCCAGAGUGCAAUGCCCCAGCUCAGACCAACAUGAAGCUAGUCCAAAUCCCCCACUUUAAAGAUGUUAUCAUCAUGGCCACCAACUGCGAGAACUGUGGGCAUCGGACUAAUGAGGUGAAGUCUGGAGGAGCAGUAGAGCCCUUGGGUACCAAGAUCACCCUCCACAUCACAGACCCCUCAGACAUGACCAGAGACCUCCUCAAGUCUGAGACGUGCAGUGUGGAAAUCCCCGAGCUGGAGUUUGAACUGGGAAUGGCUGUCCUUGGGGGCAAGUUCACCACUCUGGAAGGGCUUCUGAAAGACAUCCGAGAACUGGUAACCAAGAACCCAUUCACACUGGGCGACAGCUCGAAUCCUAACCAGUCAGAGAAACUGCAAGAGUUUAGUCAGAAGUUGGACCAGAUCAUCGAGGGCAAGCUGAAGGCCCACUUUGUUAUGAACGAUCCAGCAGGAAACAGUUACCUGCAGAAUGUGUAUGCCCCAGAAGAUGAUCCAGAGAUGAAAGUAGAGCGGUACACGCGUACCUUUGACCAAAAUGAGGAGCUUGGGCUCAAUGACAUGAAGACAGAGGGCUAUGAGGCAGGCCUGGCCCCACAGCGGUAGCAGCACAGCUCCCAGGCCAUCUUCAAUGCCACCAGCUCCACAGACUUAUUUAUGACUGUUGGAAACGAUGAGCGUCCAAGCCCUUGCCCCUGGGGAGGAGGAUAUUGCUUGAGCCAGAGAUCUAAGCACAAGAUGAACAGCUGGAGAUGCAGCUGCAGCCCUCCUGUGCUCCCUGACCUUCUUUUGGAGGUUUUUAGUCAGUCUGAGAACUCAACACCAUGUGGUCUGCCAUCACCUUUUGUCCGUCAGCUCUGCCCUUGAGCACUGAGACUCUAAAGCUCGGUGACGUGAAAUACAAGUUCCAGCUGGCUUCGGGCUUGCCUAGCAGGAAGGAGCUUCUGGGGGGCUGUGGAGCACAGGGGAAGAAGCUAACAUUAAAGCGAUGGCUUUUAACAACA